AUGUCUGAAGAUUUUGUUACAUUUAACAUUCGCUGUGAAAAAGCGUUAUUUGAACUGAAAAUAAAAUCUCCUAUAGAUGUAUCUGGAUUCGUUAAAAAACUGAAAAAUGAGUUAAAAUUGGACGAAUCGGACGAUUUAGUUAUAUUAUGUCCAGUAUCUGAUGGAAAUAUGAUGGAAAUACAAUCAGAUGAUGAUAUUGAAUUUCUAAAGAAUACCAAAUUAACCUAUAAUGCUGAAAACAAAGACUUUUAUUGCAAUGUAGAACUUGCGGUAAUUAUUAUUCAUAAACUGCCAGAUGAUCCAAAAAUUAAAUUUAAAGUUUUAUCAAAUAAAUUGAACCAGUUAGCAUCUCAAGUUGAUGAAUUAUCAAAUGUAUUUAAAAAAAUGAUUACUGAAAAUGAAUCUAGUGUUAUUUCAACUAUAUUUAGGUCAAUUUUGGCAGAGAACUCGGAGAUAGAUUUCGGGAACAAAUCAAUGAUAAAAAAUUUAGGCAAACCAAGUGAGCUUAACUUAUCAAACUUAGAACCAAGCAAUAAACAAAAAAAAACCAAGAAGGACAAGGAAGAGUUGUCAUCAACAUUUACUUUGGAAACUAAUGAUGUAAAAUCUCAUCCUCCUUGUUUUAAAACUUUGGAAGAUUGGAUUUGGAUGUACACAGCCUGUGUCUUAUACCUGAAGAUAUUGAUAUUUUAUUUAAAAUUUUAUUAUCUAAAGGACAUACCAACACUAUACAGAGUACAGACUAUUAUAGUACUGAAGAGAUUUAACAACAACUAUAACAAUUAUAAAUAG